GACGCCUCCGUUCAUCAGUCCGCGCAGUAGUCGCUCUCGCUACCGCCUGGAUCUCCAGCGAGCCCCCGAGCCAGCCUGCGCGGAGGCGCGAGACACCACCACGAGCUUCGGCAGAGAGAGAGAGAGAGCGAGAGAGAGAGAGAGAGAGAGCGAGAGAGAGAGAGAGAGAGAGAGCCCGUCUGUCAGUGUUAUUCCCCGGUGUGGAUGGAGAGACAGAGGGAGAGAGAGGACCACCGAGAAAAGUCUCCUUUCGGCGUCUGACUGCACGCACUUUCCCGAGUGUUCUCCCCGGUUGCUGAUCGGAAGCUCCGGUCCUCAUCUCUGGCAGAAGUGGACAGCAGCGCCCCCAUCAGUGAAGACCACCAUGACCCAGGAGGGGCAGGCUCUGCCCUCUCCCACCCCGCCAGAGAGCCCAGUGGAGCCCGACACCACAAGCACCAGCACCACUGACCCACCCGCAGAGACACACGGCCAGGCAGAGCGGGACAAGCUGGGGGCCAAGGACGACACAGAGGAGCGAAAACAAGAGGAGAUCAGAGAGGGAGAGGAGGAGGCCCACGGGGAGACGCACGGGGAAGGAGAGGGGAGGGAAGACGUAAAGGAUGAGGGAGGAGAGGGCGAGUUGAAAGAGGAGAGUGGUAAAGGGGAUCGACAUACAGAUGGAGGAGUGGAGGUAGAGAGGGAAGGGGCGAGAGGGGAAGUGCGCAUAAAUGUGGAGGUGAGCUCGGCGGGUGAGGAGGAGGCAACGCAGGAGGAGGAGGGGAUGGAAGAGGAAGAGGAGGGGAAGGAAAAUGAAGAGAUGCAACCUUCUACCGAAGAGGAGGCAACUCACCCUGAACAAGCUGGACGACUGGCAAAUGGCAUAGGUGGGCAUGAAGACGACGACGAGGCGGGUGAGGAGGACGAGGGAGGAGAUGAGGUGGGCACUCACACGCAUUUGGACGCUUUCAGCUCCAACUUUGAGACGACUGUAGAACAGGCCGACGCUGAGGUGGAGGAAGAGGAGGAAGAGGUCCAGAAGGAGGGAGAUGGGAGAGAGAAUCAGGACAGCUUCAGCUCGACGUUUGAGCAGAUCGUUGAGCAGGUUGACGUCCAGGAGGAGGAGGAGGAGGAGGAAGAGGAGAGGGAGCUAAAGGAGGAGAGGGAGAAGGGCAGGGUUGACAACAAAGACGGCUUCAGCUCCACGUUCGAGCGCAUCGUGGAGUCUGCCCUCCUGAGGGGUGGGACCUGCUACAGCAGCCUGGACUCUCUUGACGUGCUGUCGCUCACCGACGAGACGGACAGCUGCGUCAGCUUCGAGGCGCCACUGACGCCGCUCAUCCAGCAGAGGUCACUGUUACAGGGUCCUGAACCCCUGGAGCUGGAGCUGGCAACAGUUCAGGAGCUAGAAGGAGCUGAGGCUGGACCGGACUCCCCAAGUGACCUCACGGCCGGGGGGAGCGCUGUCUUCGGAGCUAUGGCCGGAGUAGGAGGAAGCCCGCUGAGGACCACCAUACCAGGAAGCAGGUCCGAGUUUGUGCUGAGCCAACCCGCACGCUGGGGCAUCCCGAAUGGAUACCAUGGAGCCGUAGAGGGUUGUGGAGCCAUGAUCAACUCUGUCAGCGAUGCCAACCUCACAGACUCAGAGGAGUGCGAUUUGGGCAGUCUGGAGCGCUUGGAGCGCGGCAGCACCGACACUUUGGCCAAUGGCUGCCGAGCCGACUUCGGGGCCGCCAAGAGGCUGGCCAAGCGCCUCUAUCACCUCGAGGGCUUCAAACGCUGCGAUGUGGCCAGACACCUGGGCAAAAAUAAUGAGUUCAGCCAGCUGGUGGCGUCAGAGUACCUGAGCUUCUUCGACUUCUCCGGCCUGUCGCUGGAUCGAGCCCUGAGGACCUUCUUGAAGGCCUUUCCGCUAAUGGGAGAGACCCAGGAGAGAGAGAGGGUCCUUGUGCAUUUCUCCAGACGCUUCUGCCACUGCAACCCACGGAUACUUACCUCCGAGGGUCAGAGCCCCGAGGAGGAGGAGAAGGAGGAGGAGAAGGAGGAGGAGAAAGAGGAGGAGAAAGACGCCGAUGACGACGACGACGAUGGAGCCCACACAUUAACCUGCGCCCUCAUGCUGCUCAACACCGACCUACACGGACAUAACAUUGGGAAGAAGAUGUCGUGCCAACAGUUCAUCAGUAAUCUAGAUGGCCUCAACAAUGGCAAAGACUACCCUAAAGACUUAUUAAAGGUCUUGUAUAACUCGAUCAAGAAUGAGAAGCUUGAGUGGGCAGUUGAGGAGGAGGAGUUGAGGAAGAGUCUGUCAGAGCUGGUGGAGGAGCAGUGCGAGGGCGGGUGUAAGCGUGUUGCCAGGGUAACGGACGGCAGUAACCCCUUCAUCGCCAUUCCCAUUCUCUUAAAUGCCGUCACCUACAAACAUGGAGUGCUGACCCGCAAGAGCCAUGCUGACAUGGACGGCAAGCGCACUCCGAGGGGUCGGCGCGGUUGGAAGAAGUUCUAUGCGGUACUGAAGGGGAUGAUCUUGUAUCUCCAGAAGGAUGAGUACAAGCCUGAUGCUGACAUUUCGGAGGUGGACCUGAAGAACGCAGUGCGGAUCCACCACGCUUUAGCUACUCGUGCCACCGACUACAGCAAGAGAGCCUUCGUGCUGAAGCUGAAAACCUCCGACUGGAGAGUCUUUCUGCUGCACGCCUCUAGUGAGGAGGAGAUGAUGUCUUGGAUCUUCCGGAUAAACUUGGUGGCGGCGCUGUUCUCCGCUCCGGCCUUCCCGGCCGCCAUCGGCUCCAUGAAGAAAUUCUGUCGGCCCAUCUUGCCGUCUUCAUCCACCAGACUGAAACAGGAGGAGCAGCUGCUGAGUCACGAGAACAAGCUGAAGCAGAUGAGCCUGGAGCUGGAGGAGCACCGGAAAAACUCACCCUCAGUCGACCCCAAAAGCCGCGAGUGGGAGGAGUACCGGCUCAAAGAGCACUACCUCACGUACGAGAAGACUCGCUACGAGACGUACAUCAGCCUCCUGCAGGCCAAAAUCUGCGCAGAAACGGACGACCUCGAGAAGAUCGAGGCCAGCGUGAUGGGGGGGCUGAUCAUGGAUGGGGUCAUGGCCGGCCGCGAGUGCCUCCUCCGCAAGACGCAGUCCUCCCCGUCCAUCAGUCAGGCUCACGGCGGGCUGAAUGGGAGGGCCGCCGGAUGCACCGCCCCAGGACAGAGGAGCUGAGGUUGAGGAAGGAGGAGCAGUGGCCUCAGCCCAAAGAACAACACCCCUCCAAGCCAAGCUAGCUUAAUCCUCCAACUCCUUUGUGGGCUUUCCUGUUCGUAUUUUGUGUUUUGGGCUCUUCCUGUUGUACUUACAGUAAGAAACAGGAGAAAUGUCACCCUCCUUCCUAGAAUGUAUCCGCCCUGGUGAUGAGUUUCUGUCCUUAGCAAUAGAUGAAGAGGACCAAGAGCCCCUGUUUGAUACCCAAGUGACCCUGCCAAACCUCAGUCCUUUGAACUUUAAGUAUUGCACAUUCAAAAUGAUCAUACCUGUGAUCACUAUUUAUAACAACGUCAUCAGUAUUAUUUUGAAAUUAAUCUCAGAGCGAUGCGGUUGUCUUUAGAUGAAAUGUGUUUUUAGUUCUGAGCAGAGCUCCGAGUGAUUUCUAAUGUAUUUGUUGGAGGGCCAGACAGGGAACAAAGAAGGAGAAACGGAGCGCUUGGGCUUUGUCCUCUCUGCCCUGUCCUCGUCCUGCAGAUGGAGAUGGUACUACUGUAGCAUUUUGGAACCUUCUUCUUCCCCCAGCCAUGUUUACGCACCCAGCCACUCCACAGGCGUGUGUAUGGACCUACGUUGUGGUGUGUGAAGAUACAACAUAUCUGUCCCAGAGUUUCAAAAGAGACUCUCAAAAGAACUUCUCAGAAGGAUCAAGUCCCUGCCAUGUAUAGCAUAUAUUUAUUUAUUUAUUUAAUUCUCCAAACCUUUUAUUCACGCCGGGAAGGGUUUACACCGAGCAUGCUCGCUCUUUUUCUCCCCCACCCCAGCGAUUUCCGUCUCGACGUUCGUGCAGUUGCGUACAUUCGUAAGCGAGAAGGAGCUGUGGAACGACCGCGGUCUGAACUGUGCACUACGCUGCUCCGCCAGAGGAACUGGAGGUUGAGUGCCUUACUCAAGGGCACCUUGACACAUAGCUGUUGAGGGAUUUAGAGAGUCGGUCAGAGAGACAGUCUGUGUCUGUGAUUUUUUUUAAUCCGCCGCUACCCCAAAUACUGACAUGCAUUCAGUUAUCCUGUUUGUCUGUCUAACAAGUCAAAUCCCAGCUGAGAUGACGUUGUGUGUGACUGGAUGAAAGCACUGCGCCGCCCUCCGCUUCACCCCACAAAACAGGAAGAAGUAAAUAUAGCAGGGUUGUGUUUUUCUAUGAAGAAUUUAUUGAGCAUGUUUGGUGAGAACCAAUCCGAUGGCCUUCUGCUGAAUAAGACUGCCAUCACAAUCCGGCCCGGGCUCCCCCAAAAGCAUCUUCAGCACAAAGGCAGACUUGUACUUUGUACAAAAAAUAUGUAAUACCAUUUUUUUUUUUUUAAAGUACCGUUACCUCUUCAAACAGAAAACUUAACCAACCAGUGUUCUGGUUAAUUACACGUUAACAUGGACCUACCGCAGUGUCCCGUGGGCUCGUGUUGGGCCUUCACUCGUCCGGGUGUGUUCCUCCCUCUGCCGUCCUUCAGUUGGAGAUGCUUUUGGGAGAGUAAGCCCCGGCCUACGUUACACAGAGAGCGGCUGAUUGGAGGGUGUAGCAGCGUUGGAAGUGGGGGCGUGGUUGCGGUACCGCUGUUUGUGAGCACCUUAAUUGAUCCAAACCCGCCCAAACACACACACACACACAAACACACGCACACACGCACCUUUUCUCGUUCUUCGCUUAUAUGACACAACUGUAGACCAGUGAGCUUAGCGGCCCGUCACUCAGCCUCGGUGUGGCACAGAACCAGAGCUGUGGAUAUCGACAGCAUAUGAUAUCUUUGGCUGCAUUAAUAUAUAUCAUAUUAAUGGCGACCAACAGGAUCUGAGAUCCUUUUUGGAGACUCGGCCGGAAAGCUGGAGUCACAGCUGGAAUCCUGGAUCCUUGUACAGACCAACAUGCUGAAGUGGAGCUGAGUCUUCAGAGAGGAAGUACCGUUUUAUAAAGCUGUGUUAGGACGAAUAACUGCUUUCUUACAGGGAGACUCCCCCUUAUAGUCACUUUGGCUGUUGUGCUAACCAUUGUUUCCCAAUGUUCUAGGGUAGGCCUGUGCUGUACUAUAGGAUCGUGGCAAAAAAAAAAAAAUAUUGUUGAUUGUUAUGUUUUAUUUAAAAAGUGACAACUUCGGCACCUUGAUGUCAGCAUUGAAUCUGUCUUUUGUUUGUUUUAUUUGUAUAUCGGAACUGUUUUUUGACAGGAUGCAUAUACUAUGUAAAGGACAUAUUUACUGAAUAUUUAGUCUGUGCUUCAUAAAGUAAGCUUUUAUACA